AGCAGAAAACUUGCCUCGUGACACUGAACCGGGAUUUACUUAUCGUCCACGAACAACGAAGCCCUAUCUACCCCUGCUUAUCGCAGACCGUACCCUGAGAUCUAUACACUUUUCUUCGCCUCUUACCACUCCCCCCAAUUCGCGUGGCACAACCAGACACAACUUCAAAAACUAAAUCCCCUCGAAUUACCGAAAGCUGGGGACAGCAAAUGUGCCCAUAUGCCGUCUCGGACCCCAUAUAACCCAUCCUAUCCCCCGACCUCCGGCUCCCCGUCUAGUCAUAUCCGUUCGGCUGCAAUUCCCUUCCCGGCAGAAGGAAACUCGCCUCAUCGGAUACCGCAAGAUGGUUCAGGUCUAUCGUCCAUGACUGGAAAUCCGGCGACUUCACCCCCCCAUCGUCGGGGACAUUCUCGUUCCGUCAGCCAUCCGUUCCCCUCACCCUUCGGCGGUAUGACGAAGCGGCGCAAUCGGUCGAUCUCGAAGAAGGAUAACUUUUUGUUCGAUUCCGAUGAUGAGGAUGACGAUGAGGUUACCUACUUGCCGGACCCGAACUCGUCUAGUCCUCGUAAAGGGGCCGCGCGUCCGACUCCAUCUGAUGAGAUGACCUCGGGAAAGUGCAUGGUUUGUAACAGUACAGUGCGCUGGCCGCGGAAUCUCAAAGUUUUCCGGUGCACGGAAUGUUUGACUGUGAAUGACUUGGAGCUGUUUGUGGAUUCUGGCAAGGCUGGCGGUAAUGGCCUUUCGGGGAGUGAUGGAAAGGCACCCACCCCUACGGUGCCCCGUAAAGCUAUGCCGCUUUCUAUCGAGCGAACAAAAACGAUCCUAGAUGAUUGUCUUUCCAGGUAUCUCCGACAGCUCCUGGAACCUCAGCAGCCCAAUUCUACACCAGAGAAUCAUAGCGGAAAGUACUUGGAUGUCGCGCAGGAUGAGAAUUUAUCACAGUCUCCAACUCAGUCGUCCGGGUACUUGUCUGAACCGCGACCUUUGGUGGAUCCCCGGGGCCGCAGUUCCUCUACAUCCAGUAAGACUGGCAAAACGGAGGGAGUAAGCGGCGUACCGAACUACUCGAAGCCCAACUUGGCUCCUUCCUUUGCGCACGGAGAGAGAAAGGGCUCCGAGAUGAGGACCAGAGACGCUCAAAACGCCCCGAGACGUGAUCGCUCGCCUCGGAAUGCUGCCAGAUCAAACGGUCCAGAAGCUAGAGGUCCUACUAGUCGUCCGUACAUCUUCAGAUCGCUUGAGGAAUAUAUCAUCACGUCAUUCAAAGGCUGUGACUGUCUGAACAGCUCCUUUACCACAGCACAGCCGGCCCCGCGGAAUGCUGUUAACAGCAGCCCACCAAAGCAGAAAGCGGAACCAAGCUCUGCUCAGGCCCCCAGUGAGGUAACAUUUGAACCCGAUCCGAAGCUACUGCUUCUUGGAGACAUUGCAGAGAAUUCCUCCUGGUGGAUGAACGAAGUAGAACAGAUCAGUAGCUCUCAUCGGUCCCGCUCGAAAGAGCGCCGGGAGAAGACCUCUAGUUCAUCUAGGCCUGUUUCUUCUAGGAGCCCUCGGAUUAAUUGGGCAGAACUUGCACAGUGGCACCACCUGAUCAUGACGGCGGGAACUUCAUGGGUGGAGCUGUGGUCAACAAUGAAGCCUACAGAGAUGAAGAGGGAAGAAGACGCCGUUAUAGCCCAAAAGUGGACUACCACCGACCUUGCUAUGGUUGACAGAGAGAUUACAGAGUCGCGCUUACAUUUACACCGAACGCUCUUGAAGGCGACCGAGAACCUGCUAAAACGGCCCAGGCGGCCAUUAAAGAGGCCCGAGGAUACCAGGUUCCUACUGAUGCUACUGACGAACCCGUUGAUUUACCCAUCCAGUUCAUCGUUCGCAUCUUACAGUCUGGCGCCUUCGGCGGCCCGUGGUGACCGGAGGCCCUCGCACCCGAAAGAUGGCACUCCAAGACCAGCUCCUCGGAAUCCGAAGCCCCCAUCAAAAUCCCGCAGCAAUGGCCCGGGGCAUCAUUAUGGCAUUGUCAAGCGGAUAUUGGGGCUUUUGGCCAAUUUACCGAAUGACUGCCAUCACUACUUGGUGUCCUGGUUCUCGCGGUUCUCAGCCGGGCAAUUUGAGAAGAUCGUGGACCUUGUUGGGGGGUUUGUUACUCAUCGGUUAAUGCGUCAACAUGGGAGGAAGCGCAGCGAGUCGACUCAGCACGAUGAUGACUUGGUGCCCAGCUUCUCUAGUGCCGCGGGCCAUACUCCGGCCGAGCUGCAUGCGGCGAUCAAUGGCAGAAGCCCCAACAAAGCAAAUGAGCAGCGCGACCAGCCCGUGGUCUACACUGAUGACUGGCAGGUGCGAGCUGCGGCGCGAGUGAUGUCUCUGCUCUUCACGGCGAACAAUGCGAACGUUUCCCGAAAGCCGGACGGCAUCCUUGGCCAAGAUGCGAGUUCUGUGGCUAGAAGUCAGGCCAGCCGGCGGGGGCAUAUGAUUCCGAUCAGUUCCUUUUACAAUACACUGCUAGACUAUUCCGACCUUGUCGCCGACUUUGAGGCCUGGGAGUCGAAGACGACCAAGUUCUCCUUCUGCCAAUACCCUUUCUUCCUGAGCAUCUGGGCCAAGAUCCAUAUCCUGGAACACGAUGCACGCCGGCAGAUGGAGGUCAAAGCUCGCGAAGCGUUCUUUAACAGCAUCAUGAGUCGCACGGCGAUCAGCCAGUAUCUUGUGCUGAAGGUGCGCCGCGACUGCUUGGUGGAAGACAGUCUGCGGGGAGUCAGUGAAGUCGUUGGCUCUAGCCAGGAGGAGAUCAAGAAGGGACUACGCAUCGAAUUCCUCGGUGAAGAGGGCGUUGAUGCGGGAGGUCUCCGCAAGGAAUGGUUCCUGCUCCUUGUCCGGGAAGUCUUUGAUCCUCACCACGGGCUAUUUAUCUAUGAUGACGACUCGCGAUACUGUUAUUUCAAUCCAUACUGUUUCGAGUCCUCGGAGCAGUUCUUCCUGGUCGGCGUCCUGCUGGGGCUGGCCAUUUACAAUUCGACCAUCCUCGACAUUGCACUGCCACCGUUUGCCUUCAAGAAGCUCCUGGCUGCGGCACCGCUGUCGUCAAUUACGCGGCCUACGUACAAGUGCGGCCUGGAUGAUCUGGCGGAGCUCCGCCCGGCGCUUGCCAAGGGUCUACGGGCGCUGCUUGACUACGAAGGGGACGUUGCGGAGACGUUCUGCUACGACUUUGUUGCGCAGGUUGAUCGUUACGGCGAAACAGUGUCGGUACCCCUUUGCGCUGGAGGGGAGAAUCGGCCGGUGACCAAUGCGAACCGCCGGGAGUUCGUGGACCUGUAUGUACACUUUCUCCUAGACACGGCGGUCACACGGCAGUUCGAGCCGUUCAAACGGGGGUUCUUCACGGUCUGCGGCGGCAAUGCACUCUCUUUGUUUCGUCCGGAAGAGAUCGAGCUACUGGUGCGCGGUUCGGACGAGCCGCUGGACGUGGCGUCCCUGCGGGCGGUUGCCACGUAUGACAACUGGUCCAAUGCACGGCCAGAGACAGAGCCGGUGGUCCGGUGGUUCUGGGAUUUCUUCGAACAGACACAGCCGCAGGCGCAACGGAAGAUCCUGUCGUUUGUGACGGGAAGCGACCGCAUCCCCGCUAUGGGGGCGACGAGCCUGUCGAUCCGGCUGGUGUGUCUUGGGGACGAGACAAGCCGAUUCCCAACGGCGCGGACGUGUUUCAACCAGCUAGGACUGUAUAAAUAUGAGACGCGGGAGAAAUUGGAGCGCAUGCUUUGGGAUGCGGUGUUGAAUAGCGAGGGGUUCGGGCUGAAGUAGAGACGGGAGCAGGACUCCCUUAAUUGCGAGCCUUGGCACUGGCGUCUGGGACAUCAUUCGGG